AUGACCCACGGACAUCGCCAGAUCGUUUCCUCGCAUGCCUAUCAUCUCGACCUAUACCUAGAGUCUGUCAUACUGAUCCUGUACCGACCCUUUCUUCUUGAGAAGCCAGAAGUGAACUCACCUAGUGCGUCCGCGAACGAAUGGAGAUCAAACAUAGAGCGGAAGAUGAGAGCUGCAGCAAUGAGCACAAACGGGAUCCUCGGCAAUAUGGCCAGUGCUGAUAUGAUCAGCAGCUGUCAAUCGAUGAUCUGCAUUGCCCUGGUUCCCACAUUGCAGGUUUAUCUUGUCGACUCUACAUCAACGAAGAGCCUCGUGCGACGCAUGGGCAUCCACAACCUCGAACUGUGUAUGGUUGUUAUUGAAGAGCUUAAAACGACAUAUUUCGGCGCGGAAAUACUUUUCAGAAUGUUCACCAAGGCACAAAGUCAAGUUCGCAAUCGGAGGGUUGCUGCCGCCGCCGCGGCUGCUGGGAAGGAUGUUCAUCAGUCUUCAUCAAAUGCCGACGCAGGUAUCGUGACGGACGUGGCUGAUGAUGUAUACCCAAACAAUAUGGAGGCAUUGGAUGUCUUCUCGGUGGCUUGGAAUCCCUUUGCUCAAGUGGCAGCCAACGGCUUUUUGGACAAUAACGAGUACGUAUGA